AUGGAUACUUCAGAAAUAUCAAAAAUAUCUCAAGAUAAAAUCUCCUUAAUUUUAGUGAAAGUAUCUUCUCUUGUUGAUUAUGCAGGAGAAAAACUUCAUACAUUUCCUUACAAAAAUGUUCCACUUUCUUGGUUAAGAUUAUAUACUGAUUCUAGUUUAUUAAAAACUCUGGUAAUGACCGGAGCACCAGGUAAUCAUAGGAGAGAUAUGAUUUUUCAACUUAUAGAAGAAACGAAAAAGAUAUUAAAAGAAUUUAAAGAAUUUAAUCAAAUCAAAUGUAUAAAAUCAAACUUUAAUGAUUUAAAUGAUUCAAAUUAUGAUGCACCAAUUAUAAAUCAUUCAUUACCAAAAAUAUCAAGACCUAGUUUAACUACUUUUGCUUCUCAUGUAACUUCAUCAAAUCCAACCCCUUAUAUAAUAACCUCUAGUAUAGAUCAUUGGCCAGCACUUUCAACAAGAUCAUGGAAUAAUAUUGAUUAUCUUUUAAAUAUUGGAAAAGAAAGAUUAGUUCCAAUAGAAAUUGGUUUCAAAUAUACAGAUGAAAAUUGGACUCAAAAGAUAAUGGAAUUUGAUGAUAUCAUAAUUCCCGAUUAUUGUUUUGUGGAUACAAAACCUUUUAUUAUAAAACUUAAUAAUAAUGAUAUUAUAAAAUAUAAUCCUUUACAAGAUGUUAUAAUGAAUGCAUGGUUUGGUCCAAAAGGUACUAUCUCUCCUAUGCAUACUGAUCCUUAUCAUAACUUAUUAGCACAAGUAGUUGGUCAAAAAUAUGUUAGAUUAUAUUCACCCAUAGAAACUUCUAAAUUAUAUCCUUUCGAAGGAGAUUUCAUGAGUAAUACUAGUCAGGUGGAAAUCGAAAAUCCGAACCUCGAAAAAUUUCCAUUAUUUGCAACUGCACAAUUUAAGGAAUGUAUUCUGGAAUCCGGAGAUUUGUUAUAUAUUCCUCCUGGUUGGUGGCAUUACGUUCGAUCAUUGUCUGUCAGUUUUAGUGUAAGUUUUUGGUUUUAA